CAGUUAAUAGGGCUACGUCAGUAAGGUUACUUUUAAACCGAGUUUUCACUUGUAGUGGUGAGAUUUACUUAAGUCAAGUGUUGUGUAAUUACAUUGAUUUUGAAGCAUUAUUUUUUUUCGUCCAUUGCAUUGACAGUUACAAUGCCAGAGUUAUGUGAGAAAUUAAUGGGCUGGCAUUCAGCUUUGGUUGUGCCCUUCAUUUUGGAUCUUGUGAAGAAAAGACGAAGUUCGAAGGGAAAAAUACCUCAGUAGAACUGGCAGUCUGGUCUUUCCUAGCGUCGAAAUUCGUGCCCUUCAUUUGUCCCACUUUUUUAACAACUAUAAAAGGACACGAAAAAGUGUUUUAUCUAGUCUGAGAAAAUCUUGAAGCUUUAAGUGAAAUAACGCUUCGAAAUGUAUUGACGUUACUUACGUAUAUGCAGUCUGGUUCCAUUAGUGGCGUUGUGUUCCUAGAGAACUGAAUGUGUGUUAAGUGGCUUUCUAUUUGAGCUGAUUUAAACCAGAAGUAUGAAGAAAUUGGAAUUUUCUCUCAACGAAGGAUGUUCCUGACUGCUUCACUUGCUAGACACCACCGGAUUCAUUUCAUGAAGGAUACCCGCGAGUACAUUAGCAGGAAGGAACAAUGACUUCGCAGCCUUUGAUGUUGUCCUUUUGUUACUUUGUACUAAUUCUGGUUAUUCUCCCCAUUUUUUGCAGUGAUAAAGUGUAUUCUGUUUUCUAUCAAGGUGACGAGAUAAAAAAUGAGGAGAUUGACAAAAUGAAGAUGAACCACAGGAAAAACGGGGUUUUGGAAUACCUCAGGAACCUGGACUCACAGGAGUCCAGCGGAUACCAUGAUGCAAAACUCAUUGAAUCCGUCGACAAUUUGCUUAUAGUCAUCGCUAAACACCCAUCCAGGAAAGAUGAUCUUGUUCUUUCCCAGCUUGUGACCGAAGUGGACAGAAACAUCAAAUCUGAAAGGUUCUACAGAAAUGCCAUGAUUAUCUGCAAUGCUUCUAGGGUCGCAUUUGGAGAACUAGGAACCCUGUCGAUGUUCUACCCAGUCAGACAAGCUAAGAACACAACCAGCUGGAGAUUGUUCAACAAGGAGGAGAUCAUCAAGCAUGAUUUUGUCGACUGUAUCUCCAUGGGAGUGAAUCACACCGAAGCCAAGUACGUCACACUAAUCAGGGAUAAAAUCGUGCCUUAUUCUGGCUUUCUGGAAUCUCUAAACAGUGUGAUAUCGUCGCAGGUUAACUCUACAUUUCGGAGAGGAGAGUUGCACAGAAGAGAGAGCUCCUGGCUACUCCUCCACCUCCACGAACCCAUUCAUUUGAGGCACUACAGAUUUUCCCUCAACAGUUUGAAGGAACUCCUCCUUAUUGCAAGCGUUGGCUCCGUCACCUUUUACCUGGUCUUCCGUUGGCUGGAGGGAAAACAGCCAAGUCACUCUUUCCCCACAGCUUCCUUCAUCUUCUUUGGCGCUCUUUACUUUUUUACCUUCGCCAUGAUCAUAGGCAGACCUUACGUCAGUGAGCUGAGGAGGACUGUCAGCGCUUUGCAUAGGGUCUACGAUCCUGCGGAGCCUGUCCCGUUCUCGGCUAUAUCAAUGCCCAUUAGCAGUGUGAACGAACUCUUGCUGAAACUCAACUCGAUUCAGUGUUCUAGUUACGUGCCCUUCCAUGCAGUGCUUGAUCACAUGGUGAACACCAUGGAAAAGCCAUCUUUUGUGAUAUCGCCCAGCCUUUUCAGAUAUGUGACCAGUACCUGACCAUGAAAUGUGUCUUCGCAUCUUUGUACAAGUCUUCCAUAUUGACUCAGGAAACGCAGUUACCAGUAGACUUGUCACCUGGCCAUCUUAAAUAAGUGACCACCAUGUUUACUCAAAACUUUCUUAUAUUGCUGAAGGGAAAACGUUUCUACUAUUUGUCUUACAUUAAUGAAGAUCAUCCCCAGAAAGACUAAUUCGUUUCUUUUAUUUUAGUGUUGUUGUUUGAGGGCUCUGUGAUGUUUGAUUAGUAGCUAGAUAUUGUGAAUAAGAAUACUUUCCUUUUCAUGGACAAAAUAUUUUAUAGUGUAUGGUGAAGUGAGUUUACAUUUAGUUUGCACAAAACCACUGUUUUGUGCAAACUAAAUGUAAAUAUGGUGUUACAACAUAAGUAAUGUUUUGUCAAUAAAGAAUACUAAUAAUAAACAUUAAUGUCACAAGAACAUUUCAGUGAUCCGUACGCACAAUUUUUGAAAUGCAAAAGUUGAAGGUAAUGCAUUCGAACCCAAGUGCUAUAAGAAAAUUGGAAAUUAUUAAACUGAAGAGAAUAUUUUCUCUUCCCCAUAUGCAAAUGUUGUUUAGCAUUAACAUCCUGAGUUGCCAAGCUUUAUUCAUGUAUAUUUUCAUAGUUGUUGAAACAUCUAGUUUUCCAAUGAAAAAAGUAUAUGAAUACAUUUUUUCCCUUUCUGACAUUUCGAUGUAAUUAUAAAUACCAAAACAAUGAUUUUAUGUAAACUGUCGUCGCUGUGGUCCACGGCGCCUUGUGGCUGCCAGACGUACGCUUAUCUGUGCCUUCAAAAACUUCCUGAUGUGAUUAGUGUUACUACGAUUGUUAUAUCAUUAAAAUACGGUUAACUUAUA